CUUGUUCUAUACCUAAAAAUAAACCUAACCAUAUGUAUUUUACUAGAGGAGAAUCUUAUUGACAAAAAAUGGCUAUGUAUGUGUCAAAGUGUUGUUUUCUUCUUCUAGUUAGCUACUUUGUGCUUCAAUGGUGUUGUACCGUUACAUGUGAUUGUAUUCCUCCGGAGGAGCCAAUCAAAUGCUUCUCCGGCGACUCGAACUGCACCAUCACCAACUCACAAGGCGCGUUCCCUGAUCGGAGUGUCUGCCGGGCAGCUGAUGCUGUUUAUCCGACCACUGAAGCUGAGCUCAUUUCAGCUGUUGCUACUGCUACUAUGAAAAAGAGAAAGAUGAAGGUAGCAACCAGAUAUAGUCACAGUAUUCCCAAAUUGGUGUGCCCUGAUGGAGAAGACAGCCUACUCAUAAGCACAAAAAAGCUUAACAAUAUAGUGAAAGUGGACAAACAGGCUAAAGAAAUUACAGUACAAAGUGGCAUGACGCUGAAACAGCUGAUCAAGGAGGCGGCGAAAGCGAAGCUAGCGUUGCCUCAUACGCCCUACUGGUGGGGACUCACUGUUGGAGGGAUGCUCGGAACAGGUGCUCAUGGAAGUUCAUGGUGGCAGAAAGGAAGUGCAGUUCAUGACUAUGUUGUGGAGCUCAGGAUUAUUAGUCCAGGUCAGGCUAAAGAUGGUUACUAUAAGAAUCAAACUCUUAAGGAUGGCGAUACUGAUCUUGAUGCAGCCAAAGUCUCACUUGGUGUUCUUGGAGUCAUUUCUCAGGUAACAUUCAAAAUGGAGUCUCUCUUCAAGAGAUCAAUCACUUAUGGUGCAAAGGACAAUGACAAUGAUUUAGGAGAGCAAGCCUUAAAUUUUGGGAAUAAACAUGAAUUCGCAGACAUAACAUGGUAUCCAAGCCAGCGUCAAGUUUUAUAUAGGAUCGACGACAGAGUUCCCUCUACUACUCCUGGCAAUGGUGUUAAUCAUUUUUUACCCUUCCGUUCGAAUGCCGCAUCUGUCUUGAGAGCUAAUAGAAAAAUAGAGGAGUCUGCAGAAGCAUUUGGCUAUGCUGACUUAAAAUGCUUCUGGGGAAAUGCAAUAACAUCAACACUAGAGGCCAUAGCAUUUGGACUUACCAACAAUGGUAAAGUCUUUACGGGCUACCCUGUGAUCGGUUAUCAAAAUAAACUUCAAUCAGCAGGAGGAUGCAUUAACCAAGGUUCUUGUUUACUUAAAUCAUAUUGUGCAUGGGAUCCAAGAAUUAAUGGUCAAUUCUUCUUCAUUAGUGGAUUUAGUAUAGGUAUUUCAAGGGUAAAGAACUUCAUUCAAGAAGUACAAAAACUAGUUGAACUUGAGCCAAAAUCAUUGUGUAUCUUAGAACUCUAUAAUGGCAUCCUAAUGAGAUAUGUUACUACCUCUACUGCUUAUCUUGGAAAGGACGAAGAUGGAAUAGACUUCGAUAUUACUUAUUAUCGAAGCAAAGACCCCUUAGCUCCUAAGAUGUUCCAGGACAUACUUGAGGAGAUCGAGCAAAUGGCCAUGUUUAAGUAUGGAGGUAUGCCACAUUGGGGGAAGAAUCGGAACAUAGCCUUUGAAGGCGCGAUUAAGAAGUACAAAGAUGGCGAAAAGUUCUUGGAUGUGAAACAAAGAUAUGAUCCUUUAGGUUUGUUUUCAAAUGAGUGGACAGAUCAAAUUCUGGGAGUGAAAGAAGGGUUGAGUAUUUAUAAAGAAGGGUGUGCACUUGAAGGACUUUGCAUAUGUUCUGAAGAUAUUCAUUGUGCACCUAAUAAGGGGUACUUUUGUAAGGCAGGAAGAGUCUAUAAAGAAGCUAAGGUUUGUAGAAAAGUGAAAUCUAAUGGAGAAAUAUAAGUCGAAGAGAAGUAAGGCCUGAGUUAUUUAAGGAUGAAAAUGUAUGUGUUAUAGAUGAUAUUUUAGCUUUUGUUGGUUGUUUUGACAAUGUUAGUUGGUCUUUUGUUAAACAUUCCAGAAAUAGAGUAGCUCAUCUGUUGGCCCAUUUGGUUGAUGAUAUUCCGGUUGAUGUUAUGUCUUUGGCGAUGAAUGAUAUAAUAUAAUCUCCCUUUGGGGUUCCCUUCAAAAAAAAAAAAAAACGAUAGCUAGAUAUAGUUGUUAAACACAUAACAGCUACUGUUGAUCGAAUUUUGUGUUUGCGAACAUAUUUGAUCAAAUCUUGUAUUGCAAUAUAUUUGAGCUUUCGACAAUUUAUUGUUCA